UUCAGCAUUCAGUCUGCCACAAAAUCCACCAAAGAACCGUUUCCGGAAAAACAAAACACGCUCGCUGAUCUAAAUCUAAUUGAAGUUGAGUAAAUCCUUUUAAAAUGCCAGUGUGCUCCGCGUAUAAGUGCAAGAAGCGUUCAGACAGAGAGUAUAAAGAGGCAUACAAGAGGGGCGAGUUUUCUUUUCACAAAUUCCCGCUGGAGGACGGCCUGAGGGUCCGAGAAUGGCUCCGGCGGAUGAGAUGGCAGAACUGGUGGCCCACUGGAAACUCUGUCCUGUGCUCGGACCAUUUUGAGAAGGACUGCUUUGAGCAAGUGGGCAGCCACAAAAGACUGCGAAAAAGUGCUGUCCCGACUAUCUUUAAUUUCCCUAAGCAUCUCCAGUGGAAGGUGCCAGCUGUCAAAAGGCGAUCUCUGAAUCGUACGCCGGUUGCAGUGCCUAUUAAACCAAAACCAACCCUAGUGUCAGCACCAGUAACACCACGGCUUGAAGGGACAUUUGUUCGUGUGAAUGUGGAUUCAAAUGGUUCCAGCCGUGGACUCUUUCACGCUGGCAGCUUCCACGAUGACUACUGCAAACCUCAGAGCUUUCACUGGAUGAAGCUGUCGGAGGGUGAUGGCGAAUCUGAUGAUGACUCUAGUGACCCUGAAAGUGAUGUCACCAGUGAUGAUGCACCUCUUGAAACCCCACAAAAUCCAAACUCCAAGUUUAUCAAGGUGACAGAGAGAUGGCAGUGGCUGAGUAUAGAUGUAACCGGGCCAUUUCAAGAAAGCAAAGGCCCCUACAGUCACAUCGUGGUCAUCUGUGACUAUUACACCAAGUGGAUUGAAAUUUUCCCGACAGAAAAGCCUAAUUCUGAUUCUGUUGCCCUGCUUAUGUGUGAUGCCAUUUCCCGAUAUGGUUUUCCUCUAGGGUUUCUCACUCCUUGGGGAGCAAGAGGGAUUCAGGUCAGAACGGUUAACAGAGCACUGAAUAACAUUUUGAUGAUAAAGGAUAUUUCCCUUGUCUCUCGACAUCACCAGGCGUCACAGCUGGAGCCACACACUCAGUAUCACAUUAUCAACAUGGUAGAAAAUCUGGUGAAGAAGCAUCCAGACAGUUGGCAUGUUCAUUUGCCUGUUAGCGUGCUGCGAUUUAACUGCAGUGUCCAUCCAGAAACCAAACACAGACCCUUGGUUCUUCAUCGGUGUGAGGGAAAAAAGCCUUAUACAUCACCCAGAGAUCAGCCACUCAGUGAAGAUGAUCUUGCAAAGUACUCAUUCAAAAUCCAGAAACCAAAUCCUUUAAAAGAAAUUGAGGCACUUAAACGAAUAUUCCGUGAGUAUAACCCUAUGCUGUCUGAAGCAUUAUCAGUGUCUGCUUUUCCUUUACAUCUGUGGUCAUUAACUUUUCAAAUUUAACACAGGAGAAUCAGCGGAUUGCAUUGUUAUUUCAUGAAGCAAGCUCUGGGUAAGUGUGAGUUAACAGUACCAAGUUGUUGUUGUUACUUAUGGUUGUUGCUUAUUUGUUAAUCUCCAGAAUGUUCAGUAGUUUUCUUUUUUUUUCUGUUGCUAGUGUGCCUGAAUAUCAUUACUGGAGUGUGAGGAAGAAGCUCUGUACAGAACGUAUCAAUGAAGGGAUGGAGGAUAAUGAACCCUGGAGUCCAGAGAGACUGUUAUUAUGAUUGUGACUUUCAUAUUGAAAUAUAAUGCAACAUUGUGAAUAAAUACCUUUUUAAUGGUAUACAAUAGAGUAGUAUUAAUAUAAACUGCUGGAAAAAGAGGGUAAGAAAAGAGAAAAGUUUUAUUUGGUCGGUAAAUAACUGAUUUAAUGAGAUAAAUAAUGAUAAUGUUAAUAAAUCAAAAGCUUUUUUUAUAAAGUCUUGAUUCCUACUAGAAGUUGUAGGCAAACUUGAAGGUUAUUGUGAGGUUCUGAAAUGAAGUGUGCACGUUUACCAGCCCUUUGCCCCCAAAUACACUUUUUAUAAUCAGUUUCAGUUUUGUCCAGCAAGGCCUUGUUCAGAAUAAAUAGUUUGUACUACUUUUAA